AUGGAUCGUGAAGCGUUUGUUAAAGGGCAGCUUGAAGCAGUACAUAAAGCUUUGACGAAGUAUGAGGUGCCUCUGAAGCCUAAACAUGCGCGUCGUCUCAUCGUCGGUACGCAUCAAGAGAGGUCAUCGGCAGUUUUUUGGAAUGCCGUCAAUAGGAUCCAGUUGGAGAAGAAUCCGGUGAUGACCUGGAAGUUUUGCCACCUUCUCCAUAAAUUAAUACGGGAUGGACACAGACGUGUCCCAGAAGAAUCACACAGGUUUAUAUCUCGAAUAAAACAGCUGGGUCAAUUCUGGAAGCAUCUCAACACAUCUGGGUAUGGUAUCUGCAAUGAGACAUACAGCAAAUUGUUGGUGGAGAGACUUGAAUUCCAUCGAAAGUAUCCAGUGAUGCCGGGUAGUCUUGUUCUAACCGAAUCGCAAAUUAAAACACUUGAAAGUGACUUGGACAACGCGUUCGAGAUGACGAUUGACAUGUUGGACCAGAUGGACAACUUGCUGAGUCUCCAGUCAAAAGUUUAUGAUGCGAUGGAGUGUCUUAGGUGGAGUUCUUUAGUUCCACAGGGACAGUGUUUGCUUGCUCCACUUAUUUUGGUGAUUCUCGACACCAGCAAAUUUUACGACUACCUUGUGAAAAUGAUCUUCAAACUUCAUGGUCAAGUGCCACCAGACGCUCUUGAAGGACAUCGAACUAGAUUCAGAGAAGUAUUUCGACGUACCAAAAAAUUCUACGAGGAAUCCAGUAAUCUCCAAUACUUCAAAUACUUGGUUUCUAUUCCAACGUUGCCCUCAGCUGCGCCUAACUUUCUGCAAGCGUCAGAUCUCGAAAGUUAUCAGACUCCGCAUGCAUAUCUCCACUCUGAAGGAUCUGAAGAUGGCCAGUCAGUGGCAGCUGAUGAAGUUUUGCUCGAUCUGAGUGCUGAGGAGCAAGUACAACAACAUUCACACUCACAGGAUCCUAGGGAUGAGCAGAUCAUUGCUCUUACUCACGAUUUGGAAGACGAACGUUUUGCAAAGGAACGGCUUAUUGCAGAAGCGCGAUCUCGAAUCGAACAAUAUGAGAACAGAUUGGCUCAAAUGCAAAGCGAGUAUGAACACGUACGAAGAGAAGCCGAUGAAGCUCACGACGAGUCGGAAUGUCUACGAAGAGAAUUGGCCACAAGAGAUAUUCAACGUGUGCAAAGCGACGAUGCUCGAGUGCUGGAAGCAACUGAGCAAGCACGACUUGCGGAAGAACGCUUUGUAAAAAUGAAGGGAGCUUAUGAGAAGUUUCGUCUGGAGCAUGUUGCAGCUCUAACAAAGCUAGGGGAUUUACAGAAGGAAUUUGCAGUAAGUGAAAAAACAAGAAUGGAUAAGGAGGAGGAGUUGACAGCUCUCAGCCGCCGAUUAGAAGAAUCUGAAAAGGUCAAGUCCUCCUUGUUGAGCAAGUCAGAAGGGGACGCUUUGGCUGUAGAUGAGCUCCGAUCGCAGCUGGCGAAAGCCGACAUUGACAUGGAGGAACUACGACAGAGCAUGGAACAUCUUAAAGCUUCACACAAAUCUGAGUUAGUCACUGCUGCAGACCGUUAUGUUGAUGAAAAAGCUGAGAUUGAGAAAAAAUUGAGUGGAAUGAUCCGUGCUGCAGUGCUGACAACACUUUCCCGUUGUGACGAAGAACUCCCAAACUCUAGCAGCAUCUCAUAUCCACCUCAUCUCGCGCUUUCUGCACUUAAUGUGCUUAUUAAUUUUAUAAACGAAAAGCAGACGGUUGCCAUGAGUGACACAAUAGUAAUGGCCCACGCUACCAUUCUGGCAGUUAACGCAUGUGCAUCCGCUGCCUACACGUCUUCUAUUCAACACUUUGAUGGUGUGAAUGAACAGUGCCAUGUUAUUGUGCAGGCGAUUCAGGAGCCGUUAUCCUCGUCAAGAUUGGACUUCAAAAGACUGGAAGUCGAGUGCAAAAAACUGCAGGAAAUGAUGACAGCGCUUCCUUUGCAGAGUGAUAUAGAUAAGGAUGUGCUCGGUAAUGAAUUGGAAAAUGAGAUGGCCCGUAUGAGCGAAGCAAUCCGUGCGGCUGUCGAACAAAUCGAAAAGAUUCAGUUAAAGGCGCGGAAUAACAACGACGGAAUCAGACUAGAAGUGAACGAAGCGAUCCUUGGUUGUUGCCAGCAAUUAAUGGCUGCAAUUAUGGCGUUGGUGAGUUCAUCUCGAGAACUUCAAGCAGAAAUCGUGGCUGCAGGAAGAGGAGGUGCUUCACCUCACGAGUUCUAUAAGCGAAACCACCAGUGGACUGAGGGUUUACUUUCUGCUGCAAAGGCUGUUGGUGUGGCUGCACGAGUAUUGGUAGAAUCAGCAGAUGGAGUAGUCACUGGGAAUGGGAAAUUUGAGCAACUGAUUGUUGCUGCUCAGGAAAUCGCAGCUUCCACUGCACAAUUAUUUGUUUCUAGCCGCGUGAAAGCUGACAAGGACUCGGAAAAAUUCGCCGCUCUUUCGGUUUCCUCGAAAAGUGUCAAUCAAUGUACAGCGCAGGUUGUGGCUGCUGUAAAGAGUGGGCAAACUACUCUCAAUGAACAAGAUAACUUGAACUUCUCACAUCUUACGCUACAUGAAGCGAAAAAGGAAGAAAUGGAAUCUCAGGUGCGUAUGCUCGAAUUAGAACAGAAAUUGGUCAUGGAAAGGAAAAAAUUAGCAGAGCUUCGCAAACAGCACUACCAUAUGGCGCAAUUGGCGGUUGCGGAGCAGAAUGGUGGAAGUGGUGAGCGGGACUCAUCUUUCGAGUUUAUUGGCUAA